AUGGAGGAACUUUGUUAUGGCUUCGAGCAGGAAGACCCUGCUCCUGAAUUUCUCUUCUGGGACCAGGCAGAUCCCAAAGCUCAGCUGGACGACUUCUUACUGGACUGCUGCCCGCUGGCAGAGCAGGUCUCCCCGUGGCCCUGCGGCCCGGGGGAGGCGGCGGGAGGAGCGGCGGGGGGUGCUGAAGCGGACAGCUCCCGGCCGCCCGGCCACCCCCUCCCGCGGCACGCCGCCAACCUCCGCGAGAGGAAGAGGAUGCUCAAUAUCAACUCGGCCUUUGACCAGCUCAGGCGUCACGUACCAACCUUCCCCUACGAGAAACGCCUCUCCAAAAUCGACACGCUCCGGCUGGCCAUUGCAUACAUCGCUCUCCUUAGUGAGAUCCUCCUCUCCGGAUGUGAUCCCAAAUCCUACGUGGAGCAGUGCCUGAGGAACGGUUCGCAAAGCCAACGGCAGGCAACCUGGAAUACAAGUGAUCUGACAGCCCGCCUGACUUGGGUAAAGUGGGAUUAA